ACCUCCUUCCCAACCAAGGAGCGGAAAGGAAGCAGAAAUCGUCGGAGUGAAUCCACAGUGGGUCGCCUGCAACCUACCCACAAUGCACCACUCCUGUCUGUCUGUUACCGGGGGGGCGGGGUUUGAAGGGGGGCGGGGUUAGAUGUCCACGAUAAUGAAUCGAUGUGUAAAUUAUAAAAAUAAUUAUAAAUUAUAAAUCCACGACUUGAACAAAGCUGACGAUAAAGAUAUUAACGUGUGUGUGUGUGUGUGUGUGUGUGUGUGUGUGUGUGUGUGUGUGUGUGUGUGUGUUUAUCACUAACAGAACAUAUAUAGACCAGCUGUUCCAUGUUUCUAUUAGCCAAUGACCUGCCCCCUCCCUCUGUAUGCCACCCCGGAGCAGUGCGGCCGUUCUGAUGACAUCACCUACCAGCUGUUCCGUUUGUCUUGCUGCAUGUAAAUAUCAACACGGGAAGUGAUGUCACUCAGGCGGUCUCCCUGGUGUCGCUGGAUCCUGAAUGCCGACAGUCUCACUGUUACCAAGACAAACGCCCGCCUGGAAAUCUUUAGAGAUGUGAUGGUUUAUUAUAAAGAGUCUGCAGUCUGAACCUGUCCCGGGGAACUGAGUCAGUGUCUCAGUCAGUAUGGCGUCUCUCAGCCUCCUGCUGCUCUGCUCCGCUCUGAUCCACGCCGCUCAGGCUCUUCCUGUAGGCCACAGUGGGGGGCGUGGCCUGGACACCUCAAUGGGCGGUGUCAUGCGUCAGCGCCGGGACCUCCUGUUGCCUUAUGAGGACCGAAUGAUGUCAUAUCCAGCCAAUCAGGGAGGAGGCGAGGCCAGCAGUCUGUACUACCAAUCAGACAACAUGAGGGGGCGGGGCUUGGACCAGGCUCUGCAGCAAUUGGUGGAGAGGGACCAGAGGCGGGAGCAGGAAGAGGAGCAGCGCACAGCCUACCUGUCCGCUCUGCUCCGCCUCCUGAGCGAGGCCGAGAGCGCGGGAUUGGUCGGCCCUGGAGACCUGGAGGUGGUGGAGGAAGAGGAGGAGGGUCCACAGGGGGAUUUCCAGGCCCCCCCCCCCUCCGACUACGAUGAGACGGGGCUGAGGAUGGGGAGGCCCUCGGCCGCCUGGUGGGGGGUCAUGGAGCCUCAGCUGGCUCAGGCUCUGCUGGACAGGAUGGAGCCUCAGCUUGCGCAGGCUCUGCUGCAGGGAUCCAGGCCAGAGCGCCCCCUGCAGGCGGGGCGGGGAUCAGCAGGACACCAGGACGCUCUCAGGCGUAUGGUUGCUAGGUUACUGUCGAGCAUCGGCCCUAGCGACGGGAUCUCCGGACGCCGGGCGAGGCGGGAUCUGUCUGCCGUCGCAGAGCCUGCUGGCCCCGCCCAUAGGAGAGCCCGCCGUUCCCUUGACGACAUGGCUCCCCCGUCUCCUAGUAACGACCCCCCCCUGCUCAGAGUGAAGCGCCUGGAGGAAGACGAGCCUCGCCCCCCCACCGGCCUGCAGAGGAUGAAACGCAUCGACUCCAUGGCAACCAACGGCCUGGAAGAACUGCAUCAUGGGAGUCGUAGGCGCCGGAGGAGAGCCGUUCAGGACUACGAUCCCCAGAUACUGAUCGAUCAGAUCCUGGAGUACAUGAGGGAGUGAGAGGAGGAGGAGGAGGAGGAAGGGGGAGGGGGAUGAGGAGGAAGAGGAGGAGGAAGAUCUGUUAUUUUAGUAUUUUGCUGCUUUCAGUGAAAAUGUCGUUUGUUGUUAAAAUGUUCAGAAAUGAAAAAUGAAGAGAUUAAAUUCGUAAAAUCUGUUAUUUCUUCAAAAAUAUUCCUAGAAAGUUCCCAGAUGUUUUGUGACAACAUUAUUAUUUAACGACAGGCCAAAGAACAAACAACAAAUCAUUAUUCUGAGAACCCAUAACAAUGAAAGAAAACUGGUUUCAUGUGAAUCCCAAAUAUUCAGUCUGCAUAAAGACAUUUAAUAUAACAAUAAAAAUAAACCAAAGACAGAGUGCUUUAUAAAGAGGGAUAUGCUAGGCUAAUAAACCUGUCAUUUUAAAGAAACUCGUGGAACUAAUCUAAUAACUUUAUUUCACACGUAAUUAAUUCACAUGAUUCGAUUAGGACAUUUUGAAGAGUCUUUAAGAACUACAUUACCCACAAUCCUCAGCCGUCAGUGGAAAAUCCAAAAGAUAAUCACUUCAGAUUUCAGUCCACAGUUCUUCAGAGAUCGGCUUCCUGACAACAGAGUCUGAAGUUCUCUGAUUGGUUGUUUGUGACAGCAAUGCUCUCUGGGAGUUGUAGUUAGCCCUGCCCACUUCGAUUCUCCGAUAUUAAAAUCACUUGUAAUAAGAUUCAUUUUAAAGAACACCUUCGCACUGACGCCAUCUUUCAGUGUGAAAACCCCAACAGGUGAUGGAGGGUGAUGGUAACCGUGGUAACAACUCAUCUGCUCUGUGAUUGGUCCGUUAAUGUUGCGUUCACGUACUUCAGCUUCACUGUGGUCACUCUGUAAAACUAAACUUUUAUUUAUCUCACUCUGAAAUAAAGUCAAUAUCCACCACAA